AUGGCCAAGGAAGUUGAGAUACCAGCUGCUGAGUCAAAAUUCGUGAUUGAGUGCCUGCGACAGAACCUGAGACUUGACUCUCGAAAAUUUGACGAAUUUCGCAGUGUAGAAAUAGAGCUUGGCGACGACUAUGGAGAUGUCACUGUGACGAUGGGUAAGACCAAAGUUCAUUGCCGCAUAAGCUGCACAAUUACGCAGCCUUACGAAGAUCGCCCCUUCGAGGGCUUAUUCUUCAUUUCGACAGAAACGUCCCCAAUGGCGGGCCCGCAAUUUGAAAACGGAAACAACACGGGAGAGGACGAAGUAUUGUGUUCACGGAUCAUUGAAAAAGCUGUUCGGAGAUCAGGUGCAUUGGACGUUGAAGGCCUUUGUAUUGUGGCAGGCAGUAAAUGUUGGGCUGUGAGAGCAGAUGUGCAUUUUCUUAACUGCGACGGUGGCUUCAUAGACGCUAGUUGCAUAGCCGUGAUGGUUGGUUUGCUGCACUUCAAAAAGCCUGAUGUGUCGGUUUCAGGAGAACAAGUAACAAUCCACCCAGUUGACGAAAGGGAACCCGUACCUUUGGGGGUAUUACACGUACCUAUCUGUGUUUCAUUCUCCUUUUUUAACCCCGAAGAUGCAGAGGAAAACAUAAAGGGUGAGUCUAACAGUGAAAUUUGCAUCAUUGACGCAACUUUGAAGGAGGAACUCUUGAGAGACGGUACACUUACGGUUACACUUAAUAAAAACAGAGAGGUGGUCCAGGUCUCGAAAGCAGGUGGGCUACCUAUGGAUGCUUUAACUCUGAUGGAAUGCUGCCACAAGGCUUACAAAAUUACUGAAGCGAUUACAGACCAGAUAAACAACGUCUUGAAGGCGGAUGCUACAGCUAGGAAUCAAUACGCUGCAAUUCUCAGCUCCGAGAAUGCAAGAGAGUCUUAA